AUGGCCGAGCUCCCCGCAUCGGCGAAUGUGCUCGAGCUCACGGCGCACUUAACUUGGGGCAAGAGCAGCCGGGGCACCGCCGACGCCGAGACUUUCGCCGCGGACGGGCGCGUGGCCAACGUCGCACCGGACGGGGCGGACGCACCCCACUGGUCGGCCGGGACGAGCAAUACGCGCUCCCCCGAGGCGGGCGGCAGCGUGCGUGGAGGUGCAGGAGGGCCCCUGGGAGGCCACUCCCUCCGACGGCCGGCGGGCGACGAGAGGCCACCGCCGUCAGCACCGCCGUCGCCGCCCGAGCCCGCCGCCCCCGCGAGGACUACCGUGGAGGCGGCGCGAGCAGAGGAACGGGCGGCGUACCAGGACCUAUGCGCUGCACGCGAGAACUGGAGGGCGAAGGUAGCCACGGUGCGCAGGACACAGGCAGCGCUCGACGUGGCGCGGCAGACGUGGGAGGACGCGUGCGACGCGUCGAACCAGCUGAAGCUGAUAUGGGAGCGGGUCCUCUUUACUUCGGCCGGGGACGCCAUCGGGUACUACGCGCUGCACCGCAAACAAUCGGAGGCCGCAUUCCACCGCUCCCUGGAAGUCAAUCGCCUGGGCAACCGGUGCGAACAGUGCGUGCAGAGCCUCUCCUACGCGUGCGCAUACGUGCGACACGCUGCACAACGCCACGCCGAGGCGCUCGACGCCCUGGGCGGCCUCGAGGCAGGCGGUAGCGCGGGCGAAAUGGCGUGGGAGGAGCCCCCGGGAGCAAGACUGAGGGGUGAGGCGCGGGCGAGAGCGGCUUGGCUGGAGGUCCGGCGUACCGAGGAGGGCGGCGCGGCGGACGAGAUGUUCGCGAACACGUGCACCACGUCGAUGACCAAGCCGGCCUUCCAACAGCGCGCAUUGCGCUUUGUGCUGCGGCGUUUCGGCCUGCUGCUGCCGGGCCGCGGCUUCUUCGGCUCUGUCGCGGGGCUCCUGGCUGCGGAGCAGACCAUCCCAAGAGCGCGUUUGCUGCCUCGAGCCAUCAUGGCGGUCUUGGCGUUGCUCCUGCCUCGACGGGCCUACGCCUCAACGUGA